AUGGACAUUAGUACACCUGCUCGCUGUGCCUCAGCGCAGGGAAGCGAGCGAACGAUUUACGAAGCCAAUACUGGUACAACGGCGACACAACCAAAUACCGAGCAUAAUCCAAGCACUAGUACUCCAGUGGACCGUUCGGGUAUGGAUUCUGCUGCCGUUGGGACCAGUGAUGAAGACAGCAUCAAUGUCGAGUCCGGACGAAGGCACUCAAUAGUGCAAGAACUUGCUCGUCAGUACACCAAAAACUCUGCCGUCGCCAUUCAGAGCGAUGCUCAGGGUCUAUUUGGCAAUGAUGACCCAACCUCACCACUCAACCCCAACGGGGCCAAGUUCAACGCUCGUACCUGGGCGAAAACAGUGGCGCAAAUGGCAGCUGAAGCCGGUUCUGGGUUCCGUCGCGCUGGAUUCUCCUUCCAAAAUCUAAACGUAUAUGGCUUUGGAGAAGAAACCGACUACCAGAAGGAUGUUGGCAACGUAUGGCUGGUGAUGGGUGGACUUCUGCGUCGUCUGAUGAACAAGGUGGGCAGUAAUGACCAUCGUAACAUGGGCAGAGUGGACAUCCUACGUAAUCUGGACGGUGUGGUGAAGCCAGGGGAGAUGCUUGUUGUCCUUGGUCCCCCUGGUGCUGGCUGCUCGACCUUUUUGAAGAGCAUUUCAGGUGAAACGAAUGGCAUUUACAUUGACGAGAGAGCUUCGUUCAACUACCAGGGCAUAUCGGCACAUGAGAUGCACACCAGCCAUAAAGGAGAGGCUAUUUAUACAGCCGAAGUCGAUGUUCAUUUCCCAAUGCUUUCCGUCGGAGACACCCUGACUUUUGCCGCACGAGCUAGAGAGCCGCAUACCAUGCCAACUGGAGUUUCGCGCAAGCAGUUCUCAAACCAUUAUCGAGACGUGGUCAUGGCAAUGUACGGAAUUAGCCACACAAUAAAUACACGCGUGGGUAAUGAGUACAUCCGAGGUGUUUCUGGUGGCGAGAGGAAGAGAGUUACCAUUGCAGAAGCCACUCUGUCCAGCGCACCAUUGCAAUGCUGGGACAAUUCCACGAGAGGCCUCGACUCUGCUAAUGCUAUCGAAUUCUGUAAGACGUUGCGCCUCCAAGCAGACGUCUUUGGUCGAACCAGCGCCGUCUCGAUAUACCAAGCCCCCCAAAGUGCCUAUGACCUGUUCGAUAAAGUUCUUGUGCUUUAUGAGGGUCGCCAAAUCUUCUAUGGAUCAACCGGCAAAGCUAAAGAAUAUUUCAUUAACCUUGGUUUUGAUUGUCCCGAUCGGCAAACUACCCCGGAUUUUCUCACGUCAAUGACAGCGCCAUCAGAGCGAAUUGUUCGCCAGGGGUAUGAGAAUCGUGCACCAAGAACCCCGGACGAGUUUGCUCAACGCUGGUUAGCGAGUCCGGAACGCAGUGCUUUAUUGGGAGAUAUCAACACGUUCAACCAAGAACACCCCCUCGAUGGUGCUGAUGCAGAUGCCUUCCGGGCGAAUAAACGAACGCAACAGGCCAAAGGGCAGCGACCCAAGUCUCCCUUCAUUCUCUCCUACAGCCAGCAAGUUCAGCUGUGUCUAUGGCGAGGAUGGAAACGUCUUAUCGGUGAUCCUGGUCUUACUAUCUUUGUGUUACUGGCAAACUCAAUUACUGCGUUGAUUAUUUCGUCUCUGUUUUACAAUAUGCAGCCCACUACUGCGAGCUUUUUCCAGCGCGCUGCUGUUCUCUUUGUCGCUAUUUUGGCGAAUGCUUUCUCAAGUGCCCUUGAAAUCCUUACGCAGUACGCUCAACGGCCGAUUGUUGAGAAGCAUAAUCGGUAUGGAUUUCAUCAUCCAUCUGCUGAAGCAUUUUCCUCUGUCAUUGUCGACAUGCCCUAUAAGAUCAGCAAUAGUAUUUUCUACAACCUGAUUCUGUACUUCAUGACGAAUCUAAAUCGAGAACCAGGAUCGUUCUUUUUCUUUUUGUUGGUUUCCUUCCUGAUGGUUAUGGCAAUGUCUGGUAUUUUCCGGUCAAUCGCCUCGUUGUCUCGAACUCUCUCUCAAGCCAUGGUGCCUGCAUCUGUCUUGAUCCUGGCUCUGGUUAUAUUCACAGGAUUUGUUAUCCCCGUGGACUAUAUGCUGGGCUGGUGUCGGUGGAUCAAUUACCUCGACCCAGUCGCGUACGGCUUCGAAGCCUUGAUGAUCAACGAGUUCAGCGGUCGGCGAUUCAAAUGCAAUUCGUUCGUCCCCAGCUCAGAUGUGGCGGGGUAUCAAGGCGUUGGAGGCUUGAAUAGGGCUUGCACAACCGUUGGGUCAGUUAUUGGGCAGGAUUUCGUUGACGGCGAUGCCUACAUCAACACGCUCUACAAGUACAACCACAGUCACAAGUGGCGUAAUGUCGGUAUCUUAAUCGCCUUCACCGUGUUCAAUCACCUUGUAUACUUCUUGGCCACGGAAUAUAUUUCGGAAAAGAAAUCCAAGGGCGAGGUUUUGGUAUUUCGACGAGGCCAUCUCCCCACAUCGGCCGCAAAUAAAGGCGAUGUUGAGGGCAGCAACUCUUCCCCAGCAAAGGUUACAGAAAAGUCCGGAACAACUCGGAAUGAAGAUGAUGCCGCCAUUCAAGCUUCGACUAGUGUCUUCCACUGGGGCAAUGUGUGCUACGAUAUUAAGAUCAAGGGAGAACCUAGACGCAUUUUGGAUAAUGUCGAUGGUUGGGUGAAGCCUGGUACACUUACAGCCCUUAUGGGCGUUUCAGGCGCAGGUAAAACAACAUUGCUAGACUGUCUGGCUGAUCGAAUCUCUAUGGGCGUAAUCACUGGCGAAAUGCUUAUCGACGGUAAAUUACGAGACUCUUCCUUCCAGCGGAAGACUGGCUAUGUGCAGCAACAGGAUCUUCAUCUCGAAACAACUACGGUCCGAGAAGCCCUAGAAUUCAGUGCCCUACUCCGACAACCGGACGCAACCCCAAGAGCUGAAAAGAUUGCGUAUGUGGACGAAGUAAUCAAGUUGCUCGACAUGCAGCCAUAUGCCGACGCAGUUGUCGGUACCCUGGGCGAGGGUCUCAACGUCGAGCAACGGAAGCGUCUUACCAUUGGUGUUGAGUUAGCCGCAAAACCGCCAUUACUUCUUUUUGUCGACGAACCAACGUCUGGACUUGACUCGCAGACGUCGUGGGCAAUCCUAGAUCUCCUGGAGAAGCUCUCAAAGGCAGGCCAGUCUAUUCUCUGUACGAUCCACCAGCCGUCUGCAAUGUUAUUCCAGCGCUUUGACCGGCUACUUUUUCUAGCCAAAGGCGGAAAAACUAUUUACUUUGGUAAUAUUGGAGAGAAUUCAUCCGUCAUGACCUCUUAUUUUGAACGAAAUGGUGCUUUACCCUGUCCUACUGGCGAUAAUCCUGCCGAGUGGAUGCUGGAAGUCAUCGGUGCGGCUCCGGGCGCCACCACGGAUAUUGACUGGCAUGAGACAUGGCGAUCAAGUAAGGAGUAUCAAGAAGUUCAAUCUGAGCUGCAGCGGCUCAAGUCAAAUGUCAGCGUGGAUGAAACGUCGAAAAGCGAAAACAAAGCUCUGUAUCGCGAGUUCGCCUCUCCCUUCUGGAGUCAACUCCUGGUUGUAUCUCAAAGAGUGUUUGAACAGUACUGGAGAACUCCAUCCUACAUCUACUCCAAGUUUAUACUCUGUACUUCGGUCUCACUAUUCAUCGGGCUUGUAUUUCUCGACGCACCCCUCAGCAUACAAGGUCUUCAAAAUCAGAUGUUUGCCAUUUUUAACAUCCUGAGCAUUUUCGGGCAACUCGUGCAGCAGCAAAUGCCGCAUUUCGUCACACAGCGAUCCUUGUAUGAAGUACGCGAGCGGCCAUCAAAGACAUAUAGCUGGAAAGUAUUCAUGCUAUCCCAGAUCAUUGUGGAAAUACCCUGGAAUACGCUCAUGUCUGUGGUCAUGUUUGUGUGUGUCUACUACCCCGUCGGCUUUAACAACAAUGCCAGCGCCGCGGGCCAGACCACAGAGCGCGGUGGACUCAUGUGGUUGCUGUUCUGGCAAUUUUUAAUGUUUACGUGCACCUUUGCGCAUGCCUGCAUCGCCAUUAUGGACACUGCUGAAGGCGGCGGCAAUUUGGCCAAUGUAUUCUUCAUGAUGUGUCUAUUGUUUUGUGGUGUUCUUGCGUCUCCGUCCACUAUGCCUGGAUUCUGGAUCUUCAUGUACCGAGUGUCGCCGUUUACAUACUGGGUUUCAUCUGUGUUAUCUACGGGCUUGGCGAACACGCAUGUCACAUGUAAUAGCAACGAGCUGGUGAGUUUUGAUGCGCCAGCUGGGAAGACUUGCGAAGAAUACAUGUCUGCGUAUAUUGGUAGCCGUGGUGGCUAUCUCGAUAGCAACAAUGCUUCAGGGCAGUGUCAGUAUUGCCCUGUUUCGGAUACUAACGUGUUCUUGGCUGGCAUUAGCUCAAACUAUGAUCAUCGUUGGCGCGACUUUGGCAUCGGCAUGGUGUACAUCGUGUUCAAUAUUGCGGCAUCAUUGUUUCUUUACUGGCUGGUUCGUGUGCCUAAGAAGAAGCGCAAUACCUGA